AUGACUAUGAAAAAAUACAUCGUUUUAUUAUCCUUGAUUAGCGCAUCAUCCGCUUCGACUCUAUGCGACGCCAUAGUUCAUAGUGUCUCACGUAUCGCAUUCGCAAAUUAUUUAUCCUUCUCCAUUGGUUUAUUUUUGACCUUUUUCUCGAGUCCUUCCAAAGAUGAAACAACCUUCUUCGCUAAACUAAGAAGAUUCAUAAUUCGAACUGCAGUUAUACAAUUUAUGGCAGUAAAGGUAUGGGAAGCUGUCCCCACCAAAGAUAACGAAUAUACAAGCACUCAACGCGCGAUUUCAUCCGAUUGGGAUUAUGCGUACAAGGCCAAGGCGUUGUGCGAAUAUCAAGCAGAUCCAGAAGACCCGAAUGAGCUGUCAUUUUUCAAGGGAGAAGUAUUUGAUGUUGUUGAUAAUAAAGGUCAGUGGUGGAUAGCAAGAAAAGCAGAUGGCACAGUUGGCAUAACCCCAAGCAAUUACGUAAGUUUACGAUACAAAACAAGCACAUUUACUUUUGGGGGUGUGUUUGAGUGUAGUAAACUAAUGUUCUUUACAUCGUAA